UCAAUGCACACACUUCAAUCAAGAGAGAUUUCAGGGCUUGUGUACAAUAAGAAAUUGUCUCGCAUGUUGCGUAUCCUAAGCAGGAGAUUUCGACGCCUUUGCUCAAGGAUAAGGUGGUUGCUCCGGAGGCGUCCAAGGCCUAAAGUGGUAAUCAGGAGAUUUGGGAAGCUGAACUCAAAAGGUCAGCUUAACAAAGAAGCAACAAUCAAAAAUUCUCCAAGUUACGUAAAUGGACAAGUGAAAGUUGCUUUUACACAAAGGCCUAUUCGAGUUGCAACUUUCAAUGCAGCCUUGUUUUCACUUGCACCUGCUAUUCCCAAGGCUGAAAAGUCAGUUGUUUUCAUUCCUGGCGACGAAGAGUAUCUGAAGAGUGAAACUCGGGUUAAGCCAGUGAGUGGUCGUCCAAAGAGCAUACUCAAACAGUCUCCCCUGCACCCCACAAUUGGUGAUCCGGAGCUAACUUCCAGUCAGAUCAAACUCACCAGAUCAAAACCAAAAGUUUCGAUAAAUCUUCCUGAAAAUGAGAUAUCACUGGCACAAAACAAGGUGCUUAGCUUUGAGGAAGAUUCUUCGACCAAUAUAGUGUCUUUCUACACAAACAGCAUAGCUCCAAUGAGGUCUCCCAUAUGCUUUCCCCUUGGCAUGGCUAACUGGAUGAAUGAUGGAAGUAAGAGCAUUUAUGAUGUGCUUAAAGAACUGGAUGCUGAUAUCUUGGCUUUGCAAGAUGUGAAAGCUGAGGAAGAGAAACAAAUGACCCCUUUGUCUAAUUUGGCUGAGGCCUUAGGUAUGUACUAUGUCUUUGCAGAAAGCUGGGCUCCUGAGUAUGGGAAUGCUAUCAUGUCAAAAUGGCCAAUUAAGAAGUGGAAAGUUCAGAGAAUUUAUGAUGACAAGGACUUCAGGAAUGUGCUCAAGGCUACAAUUGACGUCCCAUGGGUGGGGGACCUCAACUUUUAUUGCACUCAACUUGACCAUUUAGAUGAGAAUUGGAGGAUGAAGCAAAUCAAUGCAAUUAUUCAGUCAAGUGAUCAUCCACACAUUUUGGCUGGAGGCCUCAAUUCUCUUGAUGCCUCAGAUUACUCAUCUGAAAGAUGGACCAAUAUUGUGAAGUAUUACGAGGAGCUGGGAAAACCAACACCAAAAACUCAAGUGGUGAAUUUCUUGAAGGAAAAAGAAUACACAGAUGCCAAGCACUUUCCAGGCGAAUUUGAGCCAGUGGUCAUCAUUGCCAAAGGCCAAAGUGUUCAGGGAACCUGCAAAUAUGGAACCCGUGUGGACUAUAUUAUGGCCUCCCCUGACCUGCCAUACAACUUUGUGCCUGGAUCAUACUCGGUCAUUUCAUCCAAAGGCACAUCUGAUCAUCACAUAGUCAAGGUUGAUAUUAUGAAAGCAGCAAAUACAGCUCAACAUUUGGGUGGCAAAAGACACAAGAAACUAAAACAAAGAGUUGUAAAGAUCACAAAUUCUUGUACUUCAAGAGGAUUUUGGCACUUAUAGGAACAUGAAAAAUACAGGUUGCCCUUUGUGCAAAACUCCCCUAAAGUUGAGCCAAAGUGGUCUGCCUGCAUUUUUUUUAAGUAUUUAGAAUUUGAUCAUU